UUUUAAGAUGAUUAGAUCACUCAAAACAUUCCCCACUUAAUCUCAUCCUCUAUCCCUACACUACAAAACGCGCGCACUUGGCAGAAACGGGCUGCUCCCGGAACCGAUUCACUCGCAUUUCGCCUACCGUUAUGAGAUGCCAAUGGCCUCCACGCUCUGCAUAGCCACCCAUCUCGGCGCCCUAAAGAAGAAUCUCGAUGACUAUCUCUCCCACCACAGCACCCGCAUUCCAAGGUUGUCCAGUUUAUCAACCGAUGCUCGGAAAUUUGCUUGCGGGAGUCGUGGAAAGCAAUUGGGUGUGUGCGGAAAGGUCCGUUUUAGAGGUUUUGUGUCGAAAUGUAAAGCAAUUGAGUUUAAUUCGAUGCCCCAAGAGAAUGGAGAAGAGGGUGUUGCCAUGGCGACUCUGAUUUGGAGGGCUAUUAAGCUACCACUUUACUCUGUUGCUUUGGUUCCUUUAAUGGUAGGAAGUGCAGCUGCUUAUUUUGAGUCUGGGAAUUUUUCUACUCGGCUAUUUUUUGUAAUCCUGGCUUCUUCGGUUCUUGUCAUCAGUUGGCUUAAUUUAAGUAACGACGCGUACGACUUCAGUACCGGAGCUGAUAAAAACAAAAAGGAGUCGGUUGUAAAACUUGUUGGCAGCCCAAUAGGGACACUUGUUGCUGCUUACACUUUUCUUGCUCUUGGCUUCUUGGGGUUGACAUGGGCAUCUCUGGAGGCUGGGAGCCUGCGUGCCAUAUUAUUUCUAGCCUUUUCAAUUAUUUGUGGCUACAUAUAUCAGUGUCCACCGUUCCGGUUAAGCUACCACGGAUUGGGAGAGCCGUUGUGCUUUGCUGCUUUCGGUCCAUUUGCUACAACAGCAUUUUACUUAUUACAGAGCAACGCAAGGGAGAUGAGAUAUCUUCCCAUAACCAAUACGAUCCUUUCCGCCUCUAUCCUUGUCGGAACGACGACAACUCUAAUUCUCUUCUGCAGCCAUUUCCAUCAGGUUGAGGGAGACAGGGCUGUUGGAAAAAUGUCCCCUUUGGUAAGGCUUGGCACAGAAAGAGGUUCCAAGGUGGUGAAGGCUGCAGUAAUUAUGCUUUUUGUGCUUCUAUUUGCUCUGGGUUUAAGCAAGAGUCUUCCAUUUACUUGCAUUUUCUUUUGUGGUCUGACGAUCCCGGUGGGCAAGCUAGUGGUUAGCUUCGUUGAAGAAAACCACAAGGAUAAACAGAAAAUUUUCAUGGCCAAGUAUUUGUGUGUGCGGUUACAUUCCAUAUUUGGACUUGCAUUGGCUGCUGGAUUGGUUGCACCUAGAUUCUUCGGUUUAAUUAAUUAAUGUUUUGAUCGAGUAUUCAUAAGGUAAAGUUUGAAGUCGUGAUCACUUCCCGACAUUUUGUAUUACUCAAAUUGAUAAGGUAACCUAUGCAAGUUUUAUCGUA